UCUGUAUGUUGUCUCAAGCUAGUUGGUGCGAGAUAGGUUACUUUCAAGCUUUUUUAUCUUUGCACUGGAUUAGACGAUUAAAUGAUUACUGCUGCUUAUAUAAUCAAUCACUUGUGGUACAGUUUCUUGUUACGGAUACCUCACACUUCAUCGUCAACUUCCCUUUACUAUUUUUGUUUUGAAUUGAAUUUGACCACCCUAUUUUUCAGUGCGACCAAACUAAACAUCUGAAGCAAGUUGUGACCGGUGUAACUAUUUCUGCGAGUUGUCAAAAUGACUGAGGUUCACAAUUCUUCCGCCUUGUACGAGUUGAAGGAACACGGUUUAAUCAGUUAUCCGGGUGCUGAAGAGGAGUGGAGUACCGAGAUAUUUCGCAACAAAUUUGAGGUCUCCAUCACUGACAUGUCGGACACCUUGGAGUUCGAUAUGGUGCAUAUCGAUUGCUCUUUCGCUAACGCAAUUAGGCGCAUACUCAUAGCCGAAGUUCCCUCCAUCAGCAUUGAGCGUGUGUAUCUAUUCCAGAACACAAGCGUAAUGCCCGAUGAGGUUCUGUGCCAUCGACUGGGCCUUGUCCCGUUAGCGAUCGUUCCGCGACAUCUGAUAUUCCCAUCCAGAAGUUUGCCAGAAACGGAUGAACUGACCGAAUUCAAUCCAAUGGAGCAUGUAGUUUUUGACUUCAAGGUUUCCUUCAAAAAGUCGGAUUUGAAGGGCUGUUCAGAAAGCUCUGGAAAGGAGUUCAUAAGUGAAUUCAAUAUUCCCUCAGUUCGAUCUUUGGCAGUCUACAGCUCGGAGCUCAAAUGGGUUCCGUUGCCCGGACAGGAGGAGCUCUUCGGAGCGGACCAACCCACUGUCGUUUCUCCUCACAUUUUGAUUAACAAACUGGCCGUUGGGGAUGAAAUUGAAGCUCGAUGUGUUGCUGUUAAGGGCGUCGGACGGGAUCACGCCAAGUUCUCUCCAGUCGCUGCGGCCUACUAUAAAUUCCUUCCUGUGAUCAAAUUGCUGCGCCAUAUCGAAGGAGAUGAAGCCAGACUGCUUCAGCGGAGUUUUGCUCGCGGUGUUAUCGGGAUCGAUCCGAAGACAGAACGAGCCUACGUACUCAAUGCUCGAUUGGAUAAUGGAUCACGGGAACAUAUGCGACAUCCACAGUUCCGUGAUGACGCUGUGUUUGUUGGGGUUGAUUCCUCACAUUGCAUAUUCACCGUAGAGUCGAUCGCGCCAACCCAGCGCCCCCCUGCGCGAUUAGUCCGUUCAGCAAUCGAAGUAAUGAUAGAAAAAUGUGGCCAUUACUUGGCCAUUAUGGACAAGCCAGGAUUUGGGGAUGUGGUCGUAGAAGGAGUCGAUCCUGUGACGCCGGCGGGCGACCGAAAGUUGGAAACUGGAAGCUUCCAUAGUCGCUUGAAUGAUCGUGAUGUUGGACUUGAAGUGGCUCAUAUGUCUCGUGACAAGCGGCGCGUCACGUACACUUUCCACGGCGAGGAUCACACUCUCGGCUUGGCUCUUCGGUAUUGCAUCUUACACAGCACCAAAGCGACCUUUUGCGGCUAUUGUGUGCCACACCCUUUGGAAGACAAGAUUCACUUCGACGUUCAGGUGAAAAACGGCUCAGCCCAUGAUACUUUACGUGAAGGACUACUGUGCCUACGUGACUGCUUUGUACAUAUCAAAUUGGCCUUCAAAUCCGCUCUACAGUCGUUCAGAAAGGACUUAUCAGAUCAGAAGAAAUGAUUUGUACAUAAACAGAAUAUACAAAGUGCGGGCAUUGUUAAAUAACGAAGUACGUUUGUGUUCGUAUUGGGGUAACUGCACGCAGUUGGUCGGGCUGUUCGCGUAAUGAAAGGGAAGGGGAAAACAGGUAAUGAAGCAAUGCGUGUG